UUGCUAUCAAUUAGCAUCGGGAAACAGGUUGUUUUUUUGUUCAUUAUAAGUUCUGUUACUCAAUAGAAGAAAGGCUUCGCCUCUUUAAAGGAAAUAUAUGGCUGCUGCUACACAAUUUACUCACAAGUUGGCUGGAUUGUACAGGUCCAGCUGGUCCAAGCCUUUGUCCAGGAAUAUGGCAACCAAGCCUAUACUCUACUCCUUUUGGGCUAGUUCGUGCUCCUGGAGAGUUCGCGCUGCGCUGGCGAUCAAGAAGAUAGAGUAUGACAUUCAGCCGACUUCUUUGCUGAAGACAGUCAGCGGACAUGCCUAUACGGAUGCAUAUAGGGAAGUGAAUCCCAUGCAAAAGGUUCCCUCCUUGAAGAUUGAUGGUCACACGUUGUGCGACUCGGUGGCUAUUAUGCACUACCUGGAGGAAACGCGACCUCAGCCUGCACUUCUGCCUCAAGAUCUGGUUAAGAGAGCAAAGGUGCGUGAAAUCGUGGAGCUCAUUUGCUCGGGCAUCCAGCCACUGCAGAAUGUUGGUGUCCUGGAUCACUUGGGCCAGGAUCAGAGGCUGCAAUGGGCCCAACACUGGAUUUCUCGAGGAUUUCAAGGUCUGGAGAAGGUGCUGUCCCAGUCGGCGGGCAAGUUCUGUGUGGGAGAUGAGCUCAGCAUGGCUGACAUUUGCCUCGUUCCUCAGGUGCGCAAUGCCAGGAGAUACAAAACUGACCUGACCCCAUAUCCCACCAUACUACGCUUGAAUAAGGAACUACUAGAACUGGAUGUAUUCAAAGCCACUCAUCCCAGUACCCAGCCAGACUGUCCACCUGAGUUCCUAAAGAAAUAAUCAGAGCUUAAGUUAAUUAAUAACGAAUUGUAAUACAAUUACAUUGCAUUUGUAGAGAUAGUUGAUAUUAAAUGGAUUUCCAUUGGCACCCAGCCCAAAGCGAA